UGGUGCGUCAGGAAAAACACUCCGUCUGUGCGUGUCAAAAGUAGUACAUUCAAUCGCUAUUUAACACGCAGGACUCAGGAGUUUUACAAAUUCACGUUUCAUAAGGCGACGAAAACAGCGAUGGACACAGAAGCGGAUCUCUUUUAUCGUCAGCUGCCCAAAGUGGAGCUACACGCACAUCUCAAUGGCUCUGUCAGUUUUGAAACGAUGGAGACGCUUAUAAAGCGCAAGCCGCACCUAAACAUCGAGCACAGCAUGACCGCCAUCCGCCACGGACAGCGCCGAACACUGGACGAGUGUUUUGAAGUAUUUAAAGUGAUUCAUCAGUUGGUUAAUUCAGAAGAGGACAUACUCAUGGUUGCCAAAGCAGUCAUCCGAGAGUUUGCGGCAGAUGGCGUCAAAUAUUUGGAGUUACGUAGCACGCUGCGGGAAGUGGCUGAAACAGGUCUCACUAAACAAAGAUACAUUGAAACUGUGCUCGAGGCCAUCCGGCAAUGUAAACAAGAGGAAGUUGACAUUGAUGUCAGGUUUCUCGUAGCCGUGGACCGCAGACAUGGGCCUGAGGUUGCCAUGGAGACGGUGAAGCUGGCAGAAGACUUCCUGCUUUCCAGUAAUGAAGUAGUAGUUGGACUUGACCUCAGUGGAGACCCAAAUGUCGGUCAUGGCAAAGACUUGCUCUCUGCACUUGAAAAAGCCAAGAACUGCGGUCUGAAGUUGGCGCUACACCUCUCAGAGGUUCCUUCUCAGAGAGAUGAGACUGAGCUGUUGUUGAACUUACCUCCUGAUAGAAUCGGUCAUGGAACCUUUCUACAUCCUGAGGUCGGCGGCUCAGACAGUCUUGUGGAGAAAGUUUGCAAACAAAAUAUUCCUAUUGAGAUGUGUCUGACCUCUAAUGUCAAAGGUCAAACGGUGCCUUCAUAUGACAAGCAUCACUUCCAGUACUGGUAUAAAAGAGGACAUCCAUGUGUUCUCUGUACGGAUGAUAAGGGCGUGUUCUGCACGGAUCUCUCUCAGGAGUACCAGCUGGCGGCCUCCACCUUUGGUUUGACUCAGGAGGCUGUGUGGAUGCUCUCCCAGCAGGCCAUUGGAUACACCUUUGCCCCUGAGCCAAUCAAACAGAGGCUGGAAAAGAAGUGGGCGGAGCUCAAAAAGGAAAUCCUCCAGUGUUGCAGCUAAUUAGCACUGCCUUAAUAUCUUUACUAAUUCAACUGGACUGUUUACAUUCAAUUGAUUUUAAUAUUUAUAAUAGAUUACUGAAGAUUACUUGAAUAUUGAAGAUUAAUACAACAGUAUUAAAUAUAUGUUUAUCAAUUGCACAACUAGUGCGAAAGUGAUAUAUUUCAUUCUACAUUUUCAGGAUAAACAGUUGUACACAUUAAUAAAUAAUCCAUGUUUGGCAAAAAAGUUAUUAUUAUAUGCAUAUUUUACUGUGUGAGAUUUGAUUGGACGAACAUAGCAAACAGUCUGUUUAAAUAACAGAUUCUGUCAGAUUCAGAUUUUCCAUCACUGUUUGAAAUUUGAAAUUUUCCAAUAAUAGUUGAAUUUAUAAAACUGACCCCGUUCAAAAGUUUACAUACACUUGAUUCUUAAUACUGUGUUGUUACCUGAAUGAUCCACAGCUGUGUUUUUUGUUUAGUAAUAGUUGUUCAUGAGUCCCUUGUUUGUUCUGAACAGUUAAACUGCCUGCUGUUCUUCAGAAAUACAUUUUUGUGUAUUUGAACCCUUUUCAACAAUGACUGUAUGAUUUUGAGAUCCAUCUUUUCACACUAAGGACAACUGAGGGACUCAUAUGCAACUACUAAAGAAGGGUCAAACACUCACUGAUGCUUCAGAAGGAAACACAAUACAUUAAGAGCUGGGGGUGAAAACUUUUGAACAGAAUGAAGUUGUGUACAUUUUUUCUUAUUUUGCCUAAAUAUCAUAUUUGUUAAAUUUAGUACUGCCCUUCAGAAGCUACAGAAGAUACUUGCAUGUUUCCCAGAAGACAAAAUAAGUUAAAUUUACCCUGAUCUUAAAAUUCCAAAAGUUUUCACCCCCCCGGCUCCUCAUGCACAGUUUUUCCUUCUGAAGCAUUAAGUGAGCAUUUGAAACUUCUGUAAACUGUAAGUAAACAUCUUUUAUGUGAAAUAUCUUAUUCAGGUCAGUAAUAAAUAAAAAAAAAACAUGCAUUUUGUAUUAACACUCUUAUUUUGGUAAAAUAAUUAACAUUUUGCAAAUUCUG